AUGCCGAAGAGGCGCGAAGCCGCGCCAGUAGCAUCGGAAGGUUCGAACAGUGUAGAUGCAAGUGAAAAAAUUCGAACCAAUGUUGGUGUUGGAAGCCCAAGGAGGUCUUCCAUUACAUGGCUGGCCUUGUUCUUUGUCAUUGCUUAUUCAUGUUCAGCUAUUUAUCAGUACCAGUUUCAGAAUAUGCCUCUGCCUCUUACAGCAGAACAGGCUGGAAAGAGGGGUUUCUCUGAGGUUGAAGCAUUCGGCCAUGUUAAGGCUUUGACUCAGGUUGGCCCUCAUCCUGUUGGUUCUGAAGCUCUGCAUCAAGCCGUGCAGUAUGUUUUGACAGCAUGCGAAACUAUUAAAAAAACAGCGCAUUGGGAGGUGGAUGUUGAAGUGGAUUUUUUUCAUGUAGAAUCUGGUGCAAAUCGUCAAGUAAGUGGCUUAUUCGCGGGGAGAUCACUUGUUUAUUCAGAUCUGGACCAUAUCGUAUUGAGAAUCUUGCCAAAAUAUCUAUCUGAAGCAAGAGAAGAAACCAUCCUUGUCUCAUCUCACAUUGAUACUGUUUUUUCAACUGAAGGGGCUGGAGAUUGCAGUUCAUGUGUAGGUGUUAUGCUUGAACUUGCUCGUGGAAUUUCUCAAUGGGCUCAUGGAUUGAAGAAAGGUGUUAUAUUCUUAUUUAAUACUGGUGAGGAGGAGGGUCUUAAUGGUGCUCAUAGCUUCAUAACCCAGCACCCUUGGAGUAAAACUGUUCGUAUGGCUAUUGAUCUAGAGGCCAUGGGAAUUGGAGGGAAGUCUAGUAUUUUUCAGGCUGGUCCUCAUCCAGGGGCUAUUGAAAGCUUUGCUUCAGUAGCAAAAUACCCAUCUGGUCAAACUGUUUCACAGGAUCUUUUUACUUCGGGGGUCAUAAAAUCGGCAACAGAUUUCCAAGUGUACAAAGAGGUUGCUGGUCUCUCUGGGCUUGAUUUUGCGUAUGUAGAUAAUACUGCUGUAUAUCAUACCAAGAAUGACAAAUUAGAGCUUUUAAAGAAAGGAUCUCUUCAACAUCUCGGGGAGAACAUGCUUGCUUUCCUACUUCAUAUUGGUGCAUCUUCUCAUUUUCCAGAAGACAGCUUAACAGAGUCAAAGGAAGAUAUGAGCAACAACAAAGCCAUAUAUUUUGAUAUUUUGGGAACAUAUAUGGUUGUAUACCGUCAAAAGUUUGCUAAUUUGCUUCACAAUUCAGUGAUAAUGCAAUCACUUUUAAUAUGGGUUACAUCAUUGUUUAUGGGUGGUAUACCAGCUGCAGUUUCAUUGGCCUUGUCAUGUUUGAGUGUUCUCCUCACGUGGCUGUUUUCCUUAGGUUUCUCUGUUCCUGUUGCCUUUCUUCUACCUUUGAUAUCUUCAUCACCAGUGCCAUAUGUUUCUAGCCCGUGGUUGGUGGUUGGGUUAUUUGGUGCACCAGCUAUUUUGGGAGCAUUGACUGGUCAACAUUUGGGUUAUCUUCUAUUUCAAAAAUUUCUUUUGAAUGUGCAUUCUAAGAGAGGGCAAUUUCCUCCCAUUAUUCAGGCUGAACUGGUCAAGCUGGAGGCUGAAAGAUGGCUCUAUAAAGCUGGAUCCUUUCAGUGGCUUAUCCUUCUCAUUUUGGGAAACUAUUUUAAAAUUGGGUCUUCAUACUUGGCUCUUGUUUGGUUAGUUUCUCCGGCAUUUGCAUAUGGAUUUUUUGAGGCAACGCUAGCCCCAACCAGGUUACCAAAGCCACUCAAACUAGCAACCCUUGUUCUAGGGUUAGCCACACCAAUUUUAAUUUCUGCUGGAAUUUUUAUUCGGCUUGGUGCUACAAUCAUAGGGGGUAUGGUUCGACUCGAUAGGAAUCCUGGUAGUACUCCUGAGUGGCUGGGAAAUGUUGUGAUAGCUGCAUAUAUCGCUGCUCUCUUGUCUUUGACCUUGGUGUAUCUUCUUUCUUAUGUCCAUCUUUCAGGUGCGAAAAGGACCAUCACCCUAGCUACUUUGGUGCUGUUUAGUUUAUCUCUUGCAGUUGUGUAUUCUGGUGUUGUUCCCCCAUUUUCUGAAGACACGGCCAGAGCUGUGAAUGUCGUACAUGUUGUGGAUGCAACAGGAAAACUUGAUGAAAGACAUACUCCUGUAUCAUAUGUUUCUUUAUUUUCCACCACUCCUGGAAAUUUGAAUAAGGAGGUAGAACAGAUUAAUGAAAGUUUUGUAUGUGGUAAAGACAAACCUGUGGAUUUUGUUACUUUCUCGGUUAAAUAUGGAUGUCGGACAUAUAAUGACAUUACCGGUGGUUGGAGUGAGGCUGAUGUUCCCACAAUACAUGUCGAAAAUGAUGCUAAAGAAAAUGGCAGAAUUACACAGGUUUCAAUCAACACAAAGGAUUCUAUUCGGUGGGUUCUUGCGAUCAAUACCGAAGAAAUAGAAGAUUUCAAGCUUACAGAUACUGUGAAUUCUGAAGAAUUGAUACCGGUGGACAAAAAGAGCGGUUUGGAUGGUUGGCACAUAAUUCAGUUUUCUGGAGGAAAGAAUGCACCAAGAGUAUUUGAUUUGACGCUUUACUGGAGAUCAGGUUCAACACAAAGCACUGAUCAUGGUUUUCUCUUGAAACUUAGGACUGAUGUGAACAGAUUAACCCCGAUAACUGAACGGAUUCUCGAAAAGCUUCCUCGUUGGUGUUCUUUGUUUGGCAAGUCUACCUCUCCCCAUACCUUGGCUUUUCUUAGAAAUCUUCCUAUUAACUUUUAA